AUGGAAUCUAUUGUUGAAUGUUUUUAUGAAAUAAGUCAGUCCGAUUUAUUUGAUAAGAAAACAAAGGAUCAAGCUUUAGCAAUACUUAAAAAAAUUGUGAAUCCAGACUUUAUCAUUAUGCUUAUGCUUAUCAAAGGAGUCAUUGCAAAAACAAAGAUUCUUACUGAUGAGUUGCAGAAAGUUGAGUUGAACAUUUUAGAUGCUAGAAUGAUUGUAUUGUCUACAAUACAAUCUCUUGAACGAAAUAGAAAAGAAGAAUUUGAAGUACAUUGUGAAAUUGAUGCAGCAAUUAAAAUAUGUAGCAAGUAUGAAAUCGAUGCGUUAAAAAUAUACGAAGAUCGUCAUAGACGAAGAGUAACUCCAAAACGCUAUGAUGACAAUCCUGAUACGCUAUGUUCUAGAAAUAUCUAUCAAUACUACACCCAACAACUUAAUUGCGUGUUAGACUGUCUUAUUUACGAAAUGAACGAAAAUUUACUGGCUUCAUGGUUGAGCAUUGAACCAUUUUCUCUUCUUCAGCAGUCAACAAAAACCUUUACAAUAAAAGAUGUCGAAAAACUGUGCCUAUUAAUGCCAAAUAAUGGAGUAAAUACAGAUGCUCAUUUAUUUCAUGCAGAGUUAGAAAUUUUUAUGAACACAUUUACUAAAUCUGAUGCUCCAACAAACAAUGAAAAAUUAAAACUGUCGUGGCAAAGACAAAACAUAUUCCCAGGAGUUUUCAAAGCUUUCAAGCUAAUGGCUUCAGCACCAGUGUCCGUUGCAAGCGAUGAAAGAACAUUUAGCAAAUUAAAAAUUAUUAAAAAUAUUUUGCGUUCUACUAUGUCAGAUGCAAGAUUGGCGUCAUUAAUUUUGUUGGCGCCAGAAAAAGAUUUAGUGGACAAUAUAGAUCUUGACGUAUUGAUACACUUUGAUGCUGAUCAAUGGGAAAAAACCAGAGAAGAUGGAUCAAGAAAACUCAAACAUAAUGCAAUUCCUACUGUCUUUAAACAUGUUAGAGCAAGACAUAAGCAAAAAAAUCCACUCGAGCGUUUUCCAAUACCAAAAAAAAAAGAAAAUAAGUUGUAUAGAAAGUGGAGAAGUUGUGGAAAAUAUUUUAAUUGA